AUGGAGAACUCCAGCCUGAUGGGAGGCGACGGACAAAACGCCGGCUUGAUGGACUUUCUUAUAUCGGACACUUUGAAGCAAGUUGUGGAUUUUCCAGAGGACGCGGACAUGGCUGCGAUAGUGGCCAGAAGUGCCAUCCUCGUCGAAGGCAGCACGUUCAGGACUGCCGAGUUUAUGGCCGCUCCGCCGACGGAAUCCCCGCACUUGAUGCCUGCCUUUUGGGAUUCCCCGCUCAGUCACGGAAUCAAUGUAUUUGUGGGACUUGUUCUUUGCUUCACCAUGCUGGGGCUGGGCUGCACGGUGGAGGUUAACCAGCUUGGUGAGCACAUCCGCAGACCCAUCGGGGUGCUGCUGGCACUGGUGUGUCAGUUUGUUAUCAUGCCCUUGGUGGCCUUUCUGUUGGCUUUAGCUUUCUCUCUGAAUGAUGUGGCAGCGAUGGCCGUCCUCCUCUGUGGCUGCUGCCCGGGAGGAAACCUGUCAAAUAUCAUGUCACUGCUGGUGCACGGGGAGAUGAAUCUAAGCAUCAUCAUGACCAUAUCGUCCACUCUGCUGGCGCUCGUGCUGAUGCCGCUGUGUCUGUGGAUCUACAGCCGGGCCUGGAUCAACACACCUGUGGUGAACCUCAUGCCCUUCGGGGCCAUAAUCCUGACCCUGUGCAGCACUCUCAUCCCCAUUGGAUUAGGAGUUAUGCUGAGAUACCGCAACACGCGUGUGGCCGACAUUGUUCUAAAGGCAUCCCUGUGGUCUCUGCUGGUCACGCUUGUGAUGCUCUUCAUCCUGACUGGAGCGAUGUUGGGUCCAGAGCUCCUGUCCACCAUCCCUCCCUCUGUCUACGUGGUGGCCGUCUUGAUGCCUCUGUGUGGCUACGCUGCGGGUUACGGCCUGGCCGUGCUCUUUGACCUACCGCCCAACAGCCGCAGGUCAGUCUCUCUGGAGACCGGGUGCCAGAACGUGCAGCUGUGCACCGCCAUCCUGAAGCUGGCCUUCCCCCCUCAGCUGAUGGGAGGCAUGUACAUGUUCCCUCUGCUGUACGCUCUGUUCCAAGCAGCCGAGGCGGGCAUUUUCAUCCUGGCCUACAGGAUGUACAGGAAGAAGGUCCUGCACAAACCAGACCCAAUGAAGGACAGCGAGGACACGGAUAUAACAUACCAAAGGUUUGAGGAUGAUGAGGACAUUGACUCUUCUUAUGGUGCCGUGACAGUGAGUGACCCAAACACCAUCAUGCUGGAUCCCUGUCCUCCUGAUCCAACUCCGGUUUAA